AUUUGCCAAUGGUAUUGGUCUCUGAUAGUUGUGCGCAGUCGGAUCGUUCUGCAUGGAAGACGUAAUUUCCCAUGAGCGAAAACGCGCCUCUGCGCAUCGCAUGAUUACCGCCGCGGAUCUGGCGAAAUGGCCGAAUGCCACUCUCGACGGUGCUGGUCUCUUGGUGGAUUGGCCUGUUUUUGCGAGCCCAGAUACUCGACCGCUGAAGUCAAGCCAGCUUGUCUUCACCCAUCCCCGACUUCGGCUCCCUAGGUGCGAACAUUAUGCGCUGUCGGCCGACGGCGUGCUUCUCGCCGCGUCAUUCAACUCCACCGAUAUCCUUAUAUGGCGGCUUCCCGAUGGUCUGCUGGUUCAGCGCCUCCUUCAUCAGGGCCGUCGCGAGCAUCCUAGUUCCUUGUCAUUUUCCCCCAAUGGCCGCGCUCUUGUCUCAGGGUCCGAGGGCAUGACUGCGAUUAUCUGGGAUGUUCAACGUGGCUGUGUACUCCGACGUCUCACAGGACAUAGUUCGUUCGUGGACAACGCUACAUAUGCCCCUGAUGGCGUACACAUUGCCACAUCUGACUUAAACAGAUCCGUGAAGAUCUGGGACGCCUUAACCGGUGCAUGUCUGCAGUCCUUCAACCUCGAGUGGCAUACUAUACGCCGGCUCACCUUCUCACCGGAUAGCUCGCGUCUAUGCGUUCAGGUACACAACUCCUGUGUCAUCUACGAUACGCGGUUCCACAGGCGUGUCGCUGUAUUGCGACACAACAAGGCCAACAGCAUUAGCUGUUCAAUGUCUCGCCAAGGCGAUCGAGUAAUCACUGGAACAUACUCCGAGUCCUGUAAUGGAGUGAAGAUUUGGAACAUGGUGACCGGUCACGAGCUUCUCACAAUUGAUAGCGAAAGAAAGCUGUUACCCCCUGUAGCAUUCUCCCCAGAUGGAGCCGAGGUAUUGGCGAUCUGCGGUGCGGACAAAACGGCUCUCGCGUACGACUCGCGGACGGGUCAGCUACGCCGCACCUUCAAGCCUGCAUUCAUAUCCUACUGUGUCGCAUACUCUCCGAAUGGAGAUUAUGUUGCUUUCGGGAAUCAACAAGGUAGUCUCGAAAUAUAUGGCGCGAAGUCUGGGACAUUCAUCGGGAAAGCCGAAAAACCCCGAGGCACGGAUGUAGGGGACGUCGGCGCAUUUAAAUUCUUACCCGACAGUCGAACCAUCCUUCUGCAUUUUUUGAAUAACUCUUCUGAACCUCUUUGUCUAUAUAACAUACAGAAUCUAGUGCGGAUGUAAUAAUGUAUAACAAUCUCCCGACCUCAAUCUAUUACGUCACGUGUAACUUAACUACCAAACAUCCGACGUUGGGGCAGAAUUCAACUUGGGGACCAGAGAGCAGUCGGCGCAACGACCGAAUAUCCCAGGUUUCGCAGACGAUGCAUGACGCACUCUCUCAUGACCUUUCGCACCAGGUACCCGA